AUGCCGGCACAGCCAAGUCCAGGGCCAUAUCCGGCAUAUCCACGACCUCCUCGAGUUCGACCGCGUGUGCGGCGCCCGGAUUCACCUCGGCCUUCAAUGAUACUGAUGAACAACGAGAACCAGGACGAGCACAGUCGGUUGCAUUAUCAAGAUGCUCAAAUGCUCCCAGGCGGACGAUUGCCGGCUGAGGAUGAGCCAGAACAGCUUCCGCCAUACGAACCGGCUCCUCCACCUUAUUCCCCUAUCCAUGGCAAUGAUGAUUAG